GGAAGCUACGGACUGGCGGAGGCGGCUGAGCCCCGGGUGCCCAGCGCCGCCCUCCGGGCUUGGGGCGUGGCCGCUGCCCCUUUAUCUGCGACUCCUGCGCGGAGACGCAGUAGACCGCUCCCAGCUCUGCUCCGACCACAGUUUCCCGCCUGGACCCCAGGCAUGGCGAUGGCAGUAGCCCAGAAGUUCAGCCACCUGCUGUCCAGCCUGUGGCAUGUGGGCCAGAAGCCUCUGCAACCAGAACCAGUGUUUACAGUGGACCGGGCCGAGGUGCCGCCGCUCUUCUGGAAGCCGUACAUCUAUGCUGGCUACCGGCCGCUGCAUCAGAACUGGUGUUUCUACUUCCGUACACUGUUCCAGCAGCACAACGAGGCCGUGAAUGUGUGGACCCACCUCCUGGCGGCCCUGGCCCUGCUGCUGCGGCUGAUCGUCUUGGUGGGGAGUGUGGACUUCUGGGAAGACCCUCACGCGCUGCCCCUCUUCAUCAUCGUCCUGGCCUCCUUCACCUACCUCUCCUUCAGUGCCCUAGCUCACCUCCUGCAGGCCAAAUCGGAGUUCUGGCAUUACAGUUUCUUCUUCUUGGACUAUGUGGGUGUGGCCGUGUACCAGUUUGGCAGUGCCCUGGCACACUUCUACUAUGCCAUAGAGCCGUCCUGGCAUGACAAGGUGCAGGCUAUUUUCCUGCCCAUGGCUGCCUUCCUGGCCUGGCUUUCCUGCGCUGGCUCCUGCUACAACAAGUACAGCCAGAAGCCAGGCCUGCUGGGGCGCACGUUCCAGGAGGCGCCCUCGGCGCUGGCCUAUGCUCUGGACAUCAGCCCCGUGGUGCACCGCAUCAUAGUGUCUCCCCUCCCUGCGGAGGAGGACCCUGCUCUUCUCUAUCACAAGUGCCAGGUGGUUUUCUUUCUUCUCGCUGCUGCGUUUUUCUCCACGGUUAUGCCUGAGAGUUGGUUCCCCGGCAGCUGCCAUAUCUUUGGGCAGGGACACCAAGUUUUCCAUGUCUUUUUGGUGCUGUGCACUCUGGCCCAGCUAGAGGCUGUGACGCUGGACUACCAGACCCGGAGGGCCAUCUACGAGCCUCUGCAUUCCCGCUGGCCCCAUAACUUCUCUGGCCUCUUCCUGCUCACCGUGGCCAGUAGCAUCCUCACUGCGCUGCUCCUCAGCCAGCUGGUGCGGCGCAAACUCCAUCAGAAGACCAAGUGAAAGUAGGUGGGCGGGAGCUGGCAGGGUGAGAGAAGGUGCUAGGGACGAAUGCCUGGACUUGGCUCCAGAUGGGAACAAGGCCUGGUAAAGUUGUUUAUCUCUGGCAGGCCGUGACUCCCUGCAUACAAGCUCAAUGGCCAAAGUGGUGCUAGCCAAUCCUUGGACCUGGGGAUUGGCUGGGAGCUGCAGAGCCUUGUUCAAUUCCCUGCCGUGGGAGGGGGAGAGAUGAGGGACCCCUGACGGCCCCUCCCUUGCCUCCUAUCAGAGUUGAGGGUUAAGGUUCAGCUUUGUUGCUGGGUGAGAGGUAAGACUCAGGCCAGUGUUAAAUUUGAGCGGAGAGGGAGGGGAAGUCUUAGCAGCCACCACCUACCGGAGCUCACUGGUGGAGGGAAAAGAAACAGGCCAAAAGAUGGGCCGCACAGCAUUAACUUUACUGUGCCCUGCACCGCAGCCUGGAUCGCUGAGUUCAGAGAGUUCCCAAAGACAAAAGAUCCUCUCCUCUGCCCAUAUCCCUGCCGCACAGCACAGCACAGCCAGAAAGCCUCCCGUCUAGCAUUGGCCUGUAUUUCUUGCAUACUGUUUCCAGCUUCUCCCCACAACUCGUUUAUGAUAUUGAGGUAUGUCUCCUUAGCUCACUCUUUCCUGGGGCUCCAGGCUUUAGAACCAUUAGGAAUUGUCAAGGAAAGCUCAAAAGCCAGACUAGUCAGCACUGCCCAGGCGCUCAGAGCCUUGGGCUAGGAAAGGUGAGAAGGAGUCUGCAGGCUGAGCUUCAAGGCAUUUCAGGCAAAGGGGGUGCCUGUAUCAAGAUGCCAGAUGUGGAGAAGCCGGGAGAUCAUGGGGGGCUAGAGGCAAGUUUGGUCCCUGGGGCUGGAGGUAAGGCUGGUCCCUGACCUGCCCUAGAUUCAAUAAAAAUGACUUUGAAAUAGCUUC